AUGCUAGACUGCAGGAAGGCCACCCCAUCCACCCGCGAAUGCCGGGUGCACCGGCCGCCGGCCUGCCCGCCCCUCCUGGCCCAGCCCCGCACUGUCCACGCGCGGACUCGGUGCCUCGGCUUCCCCCGGGCUCCAGCCUCCAUCCGCGAGCGGAGGCGCCGCGUGGGACCCGACAGUCCCGCGACCCCCGCCCUCCCACCGGCGCUGCCGGCCAACCUGGGCUCUGCCUUUCGGGGUGACCGUCGCGCGUCGGCGCGGAGCCCCCGCGGCUCCGUCCGGCUCUGCCCCGGCAGCGCGCUGUGCACGGCCCCGCUUGACGCCGCCAUCCCGGGCAGCCUCACGGGGCACGACCCGGUCAACCGGGUCACGCUCCCCCGGAACAGGAAGUGUGACCCUCAAACGAAGUCGGCUUCGACGGGGAUCAACGACCACGCUCGGUCCGUGCCGCCGACCCUCGCUGCUCGUCAUGGCCGCGUCUCCGAGUUCCACGCCCCCCGCGAGCGGAACGAGUUCCCGGAGGACCCCGAGUUCGAGACGGUGGUGCAGCAGGCCGAGCUGGCCAUGGAGCGCUCCAUCUUCCCCGAGCGCAUCUACCAGGGCUCCAGCGGGAGCUACUUCGUCAAGGACCCUCAGGGGAAGAUCAUUGCUGUCUUCAAACCCAAGAACGAAGAGCCAUAUGGACACCUUAACCCCAAAUGGACCAAGUGGCUGCAGAAACUCUGCUGUCCCUGCUGCUUUGGCCGUGACUGCCUUGUCCUCAACCAGGGCUAUCUCUCGGAGGCAGGGGCCAGCCUGGUGGACCAAAAACUGGAGCUCAACAUUGUGCCCCAGACAAAGGUAGUCUACCUGGCCAGUGAGACCUUCAACUACAGUGCCAUUGACCGAGUGAAGUCCAGGGGCAAGCGACUGGCUUUAGAGAAAGUGCCAAAAGUCGGGCAACGGUUCAACCGCAUUGGGCUACCACCAAAGGUGGGAUCAUUCCAGCUCUUUGUUGAAGGUUACAAAGAUGCAGACUACUGGCUGCGGCGCUUUGAAGCCGAGGCACUCCCGGAGAACACUAACCGGCAGUUACUGCUGCAGUUCGAGCGGCUGGUGGUGCUGGAUUACAUCAUCCGUAACACAGAUCGAGGCAACGACAACUGGCUGAUUAAAUACGACUGCCCAAUGGAUAGCUCUAACUCUCGGGAUGCGGAUUGGGUGGUGGUAAAGGACCCUGUGAUCAAGGUGGCUGCCAUAGACAACGGGCUGGCUUUCCCGCUGAAGCAUCCUGACUCCUGGAGGGCAUAUCCUUUUUACUGGGCCUGGUUGCCUCAAGCAAAAAUCCCAUUCUCUCAGGAGAUCAAAGAUCUGAUUCUUCCAAAGAUCUCGGACCCUAACUUCGUCAAGGACUUGGAGGAGGACCUAUUUGAUCUCUUCAAGAAAGAUCCCGGUUUCGACAGGGGCCAGUUCCACAAGCAGAUCGCCGUCAUGCGGGGCCAGAUCCUAAACCUGAGCCAGGCCCUGAAAGACAACAAGAGUCCCCUGCACCUCGUCCAGAUGCCGCCCGUGAUUGUCGAGACAGCCCGCUCCCAUCAGCGGUCGACCAGCGAGUCCUACACACAGAGCUUUCAGAGCCGGAAGCCCUUCUUCUCGUGGUGGUAGCCCCACCCCCAAGGCAGGCCCGGGAGGUCUUGUCUGAGCCUCGGCUGGGAGGAGGCUUGGGCACUGGGUUGCCAGAAAAGCCCGGGUAGCCAGUCCUGAGCGGUGCCCUUCAAAGCCCUCCCUGUCUGCGCCCCACCCUCUCAGGGCUUUCCCAAGCCCAGGGAGAAGCACAAUCAGGGCAGUGGGUGUGCCUGGGCCCUCUGAGUGCUGGGGCAGGUGUGAGCUCCAGCCGAGUGCCUGGAAGGAGCAGCUCCUGGUGGCAGGCCAGCCGGCCAACCCCCCUUCCUCCCUGUUCUGCUGCAACUACUCACUCUUGGUUAUAUUCUGCAUCAGAAAACAGCAAAAGCAAACACAUCAACGCUAGUAGCAAAUACCAGGCAGAACCCCAGAGCCUGUCACGUCAGAAACCUCCCGUCCAGACCACGUUUGCAUGGGCCCAGACACUGCUUCCCUGAAGCCAGGCCAAAGGGGCACUCCCCUUUCCUGUGGGUGUGGGGUUUUGCCAACUCUUCUUCCCCUCCUCCCCUCACCAAUGCUAAGGGCUGACUGGAAGCCCCCUGACCGGAUGUUUGUGUUCCAGCCCUCCCAGCAGGUCUGCACAGGUCACUGGACCUUCCCCGUGCUCUGUUCUGCCCACUGGGAGUGUAGCCUCUCUAGCCCAGGCCUGCAGCUUACCUGCCACUUCAGAUAAAGGUGGAUGGGGCUAGCCUCGUGGUUUGUAUUUUAGUAGGAAGAUUCCCCAGCCUGUAACAGUGAGCCACCUUGGUCUCAGUGUACACCAGGAGCUGUGCUUGAGCUACAGCUGAACCUCGCUCUCCCCUAGCUCCUCUGAGUCCUUGGCCCUAGCCCAUCAACUCUGUCCUCUGGUUUGUUCUUUUUCAUGUGAACUCCCACCCCCCCCACCUCUCAGGAGUUCAGUUCUGGGUUCUGAGGUGGAUCUCAGCUCGGAAGCCAACAGAUUAGAUUAGAUUUUGGGGUGGUUUUUUUGGCGGGGGGCUGCUUGAUGGAGGUGCCAGGACCUGCCUUCUGUCCUCGGCAACUUCCCUCUGCGCUCUGGUUCUUUGCCCUUGCCGGUUUCUCCAUGGCUUUUUAAGAAGGGCAGGACCCAAAGGAGAGUGGCCUUCACACCGUCCCCCAAUCCCUGCCCGGCUUGGUGUGCAUUUUCUGCUUCCGCAGUCUUUUCCCUGAGCUGCUCCCGUGCCAGGUGUCCAGGCCCUUUUCACACCAAAGCAAAGGCCGGGCGGGAGCAGGGUGUUGUUAAAAGAGGGUGUCUCAGGCUGGAGGGCAGCCAUACUCAUGCCCCAGCUUCUGGAGGCUUUGAGGUGCUGAUACCCUGGGAUUGGUCAAUCAGCCUUGGAAACUGGCUAUCUUGAAGGUUGGAAAAACCACCAAAGAGGGGGUGAGGCCAUGUACUGUCUACAAGCCCAGCUCCUGGAAACCAGGAGACAGAGCUGAGAGGUGCAGGCUUCAUCAGCUGGGUCAGGCUGGUCUUCCAUUCAGGGCCAGGAGCCCCCUUGCCCUGUGCACCCCCACUCCCCACCCCAGCAGACAGGACAGUCUAUCAGAACUGGCUCUGCAUGGCCUGUGGGGAAAACGAAGCUCCCCUGCCUGCCCCAGCCCUCACCAUCGCUGGGACCAGGGCCUUGCCUGCAGUGUGAAUGAGUGAGCGAGCGCCUGCCUAGGGCUGCAGGCGGUCAGGGGAAACCCCCAGGGGUAUGCAGCUGGACAAGGAGCAGGCUCUUCACUGGAGAGUUUGGGCGGGCCUGAAGAGGCCAAAUGGGAGCCUGGUAGGUCCGCCCAGCCAAGCCAAACACGCUCGUUGCUCUGAUCCCAGCCAGCCCCCGGGAUCAGAAGAAAAUGGGGUCCAAUGUGCGAGGGUGCUGCUGGUCCCUAGCAGGUGACCCUCCCUGGCCUGGCUCCGUUCUCCGCAGGAGCCUGUACUCAGUUUGCCUUGAAUGUGGACUUUGGGAGACCAGGGGGCCACAGGGCCAAGGUAGGCUUCUAGGUGGCACACCUAACGGUCCUGCCUGCCCCCUCCCAGCCGUAGCCCUGACCUCAGGGUCUGGGAGUGGAGGCUGGCUGAGUGCUGCUGCCCCUGUAUUGUCCUUCUAAUGCACUGUAGAAAUUGUAUGUAAUGUAUUUAAAUCAAAGCAAAUGUAUGAAUAACAAACCCAAUUCUGAUAA